GUGAGUAAAGAGGAACGAGUAUAUAGACGUGUUUUGCAUUUGUUGCAUCUUUUCGUCAUGGUUGGACAUGGUGUUUCGAGAAAUGUGUGGAUAUCUGAUCCUCAGUUAUUAAUGUCAAUUCGAAAGCAAGUUCCAGAUGCACUUAAACAUGAACUGAGACAGUAUCAAGCUCACAGAGUCAAAGCUACAGUAACCGCACAGUCUAAAACACGGAAGCUUCUUGAUUUCUUGAGACACUUGAUGGAAUAUUGGUUGAAAGUAUGGACAGUUGAUUUCAGAGCUCCGGUGCUAUACAAAAAAAGUUGGACUGAACUUAAGUAUCCACAAUUACUUUAUCCAAGUAAAGCUCAAAAGUUAACAAAGCAGAAGUUUCGAAAUAUGAUUUUAACUCAUACAGGCUCGAGGGAUAUAGCAGCUCAAGGAUUUGUUGCAUUAUUGCGUUCGCUCAAUCUCCCGGCAAGGUUGGUAUUUUCUAUUCAGCCACCUGAUUUCACCAAUAUGAAAAAGUGUGAUGAAAAUGCAGUCAAAAACCAUGAGGCAGAUAAUAGUAAAGAAUUAAUAAAAUCAUCGCCAACCAAAGGUAAAGGAAAAUCGGUUGAUAGGAUCCUUGCCAUGCUAAGGUCUAAAAAAGCAUACAAAAAUACUUCGGUGAAAACUCAGGAUGAGCAUGAUGAUGAAUACGGGGAGCGAUAUGGCUCUUGGCCUGUCUUCUGGGUUGAAGUUUGGGAUAAAGACUCUAAAAAAUACAUUACUAUUGAUCCUGUUGUAAAGAAAUUUAUUGAAGUAGUUAGUUGGAAAUCAAAACUUGAACCACCAAUGAAUUGCGUCAGAAACAAUGCAUGGUAUGUCAUUGGAUACGAUCGUGUUGGUGGGGUUCGAGAUAUCACGAGAAGGUAUGCCAAAGAAUAUAAUGCGAAAAUACGUAAGAAAAGAAUCACUCGAGAAGCUAAAUGGGAGACUUGGUGGUCAUUGCUUUUGAGGGGUGCAUGUUCGAAGAAAAGAUUGAAGGAUAAUAGGGUUGAUAAGUUUGAACAGAUUGAGUUUGAGGAACUGGAAUUGAAAGAAGGAAUGCCCGCAAAUAUCAGCGAUUUCAAAGGACACCCUGUUUAUGUUCUUGAACGAGAUCUUAAAUUCAAUGAAAUAUUGAUGCCUAAAAUCUCAUGUGGUGGAGUAUCUAAGAAGGGGAAAAUCACAAACAACGCUGAUAAGUUCAUACCAGUUUAUAAGAGAAGCAAUGUCCAUAUAGUGCGAACUGCCCGAGGCUGGUUUAUGAGAGGUCGUGUUUUGAAGAUAGGAGAGAGGCCUUUGAAGAUAAGAGAAAAAAAAGUCAAGAAGCGGAAAGGCAAAAAGGGUACAGAAGAUGAGUUCCAAUUAAGCGAUGAAGAAAAUGAAGAGGACGGUGAUGAUGGGAGGAUGUAUGCGGAGUCUCAAACUGAAAAAUAUGUUCCACCUCCUGUUGUGAAUGGAAUCAUUCCAAAAAAUGCAUUCAAGAAUGUGGAUGUCUACGAGCCAUGGAUGAUUCCUAAUGGAUGUGUCCAUGUAAAAGAAAAGCUGGCUGAGAAAGCAGCUAGACUAAUGGGAAUUGAAUAUGCACCUGCCGUUGUAGGAUUUGAUUUUACUGGGUCCCGUAGAGAUGCAAGUGCCAAGAUUGAAGGUAUUGUCACACUUGAAGAAUAUGAGGGGGCAGUUAAACUCAUUUGCGAAGGAUUAAGUGAAGUGGAAGAAGAGGAAAGAAGAAUGCAUGAAGAUUUGAUAAAUUUGAGGGCAUGGAGAAUUUUACUUGCAAAACUUAAAAUCAGCAAGAGGUUA